UGCAUGCACUGUAUUUUUAAAGUCACAGUUCACAGCUUGUGUUGAGUAGGCAAAAGAUUUGAUCAAUAUUAAAAUCUUAAAGGGGACUUAUCAUGAAAAUCUGACUUUUUCCAUGUAUAAGUGCUAUAAUUGGGUCCCCAGUGCUUCUAUCAACCUAGAAAAUGUUAAAAAAAAAAAAACGGUAACGGAAACCAUUUUCUGCAAGCAUGUGGAAAAAAAUAGGUCAUUGGCUCCCCUUGUGAUGUCAAACGAUUCCACUCCUACAAAGUGGCUAUUUUAACAUUUUGUAAUAAAUUAUCUAUAUGGUAUUUUAAGCUAAAACUUUACAUACAUACUGUGGGGACGCCAAGUCUUGUGAAAUGUUCCCUUUGAAAGGAUAGCUCACUCCAUAAAACUGAAAUUCAGUCAUCAACACCUAAACUCAUUGACAGUAAAACGUUGGGAGAGGUUUUUGUUUUUAAAUAACCACAAAGUUUGUUAGCACAACACUGGAUCUUUUCGAAACAUGUGAAGUAUUUCAAUAUUUCUCUAACCUUAUACACAGUCAAACAGCACUCCAUCAAACCAUUCUGUAAGAUUUGGCAAACAACAACUUAUAAGACAACUGACUCAAACAAUUUCUACAGUCCACUGCUUUUACCUGCAUAGUAUUGUGAGGUUUGAAAGCAUUUGCACAAGAUUUGGGGAUGAAGAAUUAUGGCGUUUAUUUUGAUAGCAAACUACUAUGAUUAUGUGAUUGAUCGAUAUAUCAUGAAUAUUAAUUAAGACAUGGAUAGUUGUGCAUGGGGUACUUUUAAGUCCAUUUCUAUUUAUAGCUUGCAGCACACUGGCCUACAAUCCACUUGGUAAUUUGUGACGUAAGGAAUACCGUUUCCAGGUCCACGCCUUCACUGAUUUUGAGUGAAAUUUAAACAGACAUUUACAACAUGGUAGUUUAUUGAUUUCAUGCAUUUAAGCUAAGCUUUUAUAAACUCACACUGUGCACUACCCUUGUAAUGACUGAACGAUCAUCUGGGAUGUCCACAUAGAGAGAGAGGUUGGACCCAGGAUUCCAGUGGCAUUAUGAUCAGCUGGUUACACUGCACCUCACACCCUGUGACCCACUGGAGAAUCCAAACAACUGGAAGAGAUGACAAACAUGGUGGAGCAGGCGACCACUACAGAGGGACAUGUGGAGGCAGCGAACACUAUGGAAGGGCAGCUGGAGCAGGCGAGCACUACGAAGGGCCAACGUGUCUACACAUGGUCAGCCACAGUCACAAAUCUUGCACUCUGUCGCAAAAAGAAAAAGCCAGGUGGACCAAAGCUUAUGCCUGAUAAGAAAAAGCUUAAAAGGAGUAAGUGUACGUAAACAUUGAUGCUUUUAUCAGUGUGUUGACAUUGCUAUUUUACCCCUGGUUAUUUGUUAUAGUUUUAUUGCUUAUUUCUCUAACUACUUACAACAGUCACAAAGGUUAGACAGUCAUAAAAGAAAUGCAUAGUGUAGACCAUAUGCAGAGUCUAAUAUAGGAUUUAAAUACUUCCUUGUGGGUAAUAAAUAACAUUGACAUCAUAAUUGUUAUGUAGAUACUUUCUGUGUUUAGUCUUUUUGAAUUGCAGGCUAAGAAGGAACAGAAAAAUCCAUGAUCAGAUGCUGUAAAUAUCAACAGUGACCCACUGUGUUACUUAAACUUAAUGCCUAUAGCCAAACAUAAUCUAAACAUCAUGCUAAAAAUGAAAUUCAUGUGUUUGCUUUUUUGUUUUGUUGUUUCCUUAAUAGGGCAAAGCAGACAUUUUGGUGGACUGGGAGCCCUGUCCAGUAUGUGAUGAGAUUUGGACCCAUCCCUGGCAGCCAAAGGAUUCUCUCCAAAUUAAUUAAAAUAAUUAAAUAAAAAUUGUGUUACACUAAAAUUCCAUUUUGGUUUCUGACUAUUUAUUAAAUUUUUCUGUGCUGCAUUUGAAGUCGUAUUGUGCUUCUGUAGUGGUAAAAGGUGGAAAUGUUCAAGAAAUUCAAGAAAUGUGAUGCAUGGAGUUUCUUUAUUCUUUACGCCAUUCCAGCAUCUAUGGCUAUUUUCAUGGUGAGAGGGACAAUUUGACAUUUCCAAUUUGCCUAACUAGCAUGUUUUGGGCCUUUGGGAGGAAACCGGAGUAAAUUCAUGCUGACACAGGGAGAACAUGUAAACUCCACACAGAAAGGCCACCUCACCUGAGCACUGCAUAGUUUAGCUCCAACCCUAAUCAAACUUAACCACCUGUGAUUGUCUAGUGAUCAUGAAGACCUUGAUAAGCUUGCUCAGGUGUGUUUGAUCAGGGUUGGAGCUAAAAUCUGCAGUGCUCUGGCCCUCCUGGUUCUUCAUCAGUCAACAUGUCAAAUGUUCUUUAAUGUUUUGGGGAAUUAAUAUUAAGUAGUGUUUAGUAAAUUUAACCCUGCAGUAAACCCAGCAAUAUGUAACACUGCUGAUGCUUCAACUGCUGGAAGGGAUGAGGGAUUAUUAGUUAACUUGAUGGGGCGGUUUCCCGGGCAGGGAUUAGACUAGUCCUAGACUAAAACAUUUUUAAGAGCUGUCCAAACUGAAAACAACUUGCACUGACAUAUCUUAAAAUACACCAGUGCCCUUUGUUUUGCUCCAAAAUGCACACAGGUAAUGUUUUUAGUUAGGUAUGUUUGUUCAAACUAGUUAUAUUUCCUAAUUAAACUAAGGCCUAGUCCUGGAUUAAGCUAAUCUCGGUCCGGGAAACCACCCCAAUGUCUGUUUUUGCCAGUGUUUAACUAUUUGAUAUGUGUGAAGGAUUUUGAGCAAUGAAAAAAACUUUCGUAUGUAUCAUGCAUUAAAAUAUAUGACCUUUGAUGCCUUUUGAUGAUUUAAAUAAAAUCUCCAUACAAUCUGAGCAUGUCUGUGUUUUACUCUCGACUAAUACUCUCUUCUUUUAACAUUACUGGUAAUUAACAUAGCGCCAUCUAAUGGUUGUAAAUGAAUAACACAAUAGGUCUAAAUAUAUUAAUACAAAAUAGCAUCUAUACAUACUGUAAAAUACAUUUUAAAAAGUAGUAAUAAGCAUAAAGACAUAUUAAAGAGAUUUUAUGAUAUUCAUAUAUAUAUAUACAUAUCUAUCUACAAUAAAAGUCCAAAAGUUGUAAAUAGUUUUAAUUAAACAACACAAGGGACAUAAAUAUAUAUAUAUAUUUAUAAAACUCAUCACAGUUGAACCGUAAACAGAACAAAGUCAUUAAACUCCAUGACAACCAUACUGUAGAACUUAUCGUUGUCAUAGAGACAUUAUGACAUCACAAUCGGUGCCUAUAAAACGCUCAGCCAGAUGAAACCGGUAUCAUUUGACUGAUCUGAACGCUUGCCUUUGGUUGACUCCGAACGCUACUGUACAGAUUAUCAAGUGAAUUUGCAGACUUUCCAAAAGUUCGCAACUUUAAACUGCUUGACGCACUGUGUACGGACAGACAGUUUACUUAGAUUUCAACCCUCUGUGAACCGAGUCUAAGCACAGUUAAGUCUGCAGUUAUCUUUUCACAUCAUGUUUCGUCCUGUAACACCAUUGUCCGACAAGGACAUGGAAGGAGCAGAUGUUGAAAAUAUGGAUCUGCCGAAUGCUGUGCCGAACUUUGACUAUGUCCCUGAUUUCGGACUUUCGUCACAAGUCGGGCGCGCUGCCGGUUCUUUAAAUCCAUUUGAAGGAGGAGAGGAGGAGGAGGAGAUGAUGGAUGUUUAUCCAACACAUGAGGCGAAACGCCAAAAAGUGUUGGGAUGGAGAUGUGAUGAUGGUGGAAUGGAUUUUGUCCUACCAAGUGCGGUCCCUGACAUUGUCCCGAACAACGGACAUUUGUUAGACAGACGCGCCGGGAGUUCACAUCCACGAGGAGGAGUAAAGGAGUUUACUCCUGCAUUUGAGGAGGCGAACAGCCCCACAGAAAAAUGCGAGAAUAAAGUCUUGAAAUCAUUAAAGAAGGGAUGGAAUAAAGUAAAGCAGCCAUUCCUUCAUAAUGAUAAAGUGGAAACACUGAUUCCUUCAGAGCUUAAUGCACAUUCAGCUAAUCCUAAUGUAAAGGAUGGUGCUGGUCUGGCCAGCUCUGAAUUAAACAAUAAGAUCAAACCGGAAAAACAACGAAUGGCAUUCUUUGACUGUCUCCGGAGGGGCAAGGUGGAGUCAGUGCCGACUCCCCUGCUUAAAGCGGAUCCAGCUAUUCCUGAUGUUAGGGAAGUUGUUGAUCCUGCAUCACAGUCAAAGACCUACGUUGGUCCGAAGAAACAGAAACAAAAGGCUUCAAAGAGCCGCAAAUCUAACCUCCAGGGAGAAAAAGUGACUGUUGUGCCAACUCAACAGCCCAAGGCUAUUUCAGAUAUUCCUGUUGGCAUGGAUGUUCCUGCUCUGGCCGGCCCCCAAUCAAAACCAAAGAUUCGUCCGGAUAAACGCAUGACAUUGACGCAACGCUUCUUUGGAUGCUUCCGGAGGGGCAAAGUGGAGUCGAUGCCGACUUCACAGAUUGAGGCCGAUCCAGCUAUCCCUGAUGCCAGGGAAGUUGUUGAUCUGGCAGAUUCUCAAUCGAAGAGUGUUGGCUUAAAGAAACAAAAACAAAAGGCUUCAAAGAGCCGCUCAUUUCACAACCCUUGGAGUAAAAAAGGGAAGAGUAAAGUGAAAAAAGAUGCCAAUCCAGCUUUUCCUGAUGCCAUGGAUGAUGUGGAUCUGGCCAGUUCUGGUGGCAUCGCUGCAGCCAAUGCCAGGCUACAGACAUUAGGUGCCAUUCCAGAGAAUAUUGGGUUAAAAGGUGGUGGAAAUCCUGACCCAAAUAAAGCAAAAAAUCCUGGGUCAAAAGAUGUUGGAAGUCCUGAGGCAAAAGGUUGUAAAAAUCCCAGGCCAAAAGCUCUUAAAGCUCUUGAAAAUCCCAGACGUUUUUGGGGUCCUACCCCAGGUAGAUUUGUAAUUCCCACACCAAAAGCUUUGGAAAAUACCAGACGUUUUUGGGAUCCUAACCCAGCGAGAUUUAAAACUCGCAGACGAAAAUUUGUUGGAAAACCCGCAAUAGGUUGGAUUCGUAACCCAACUAAAUUUAAAAUUACCCCACCAAAAGCCCUUGAAAAUCCCAGAGAUCCCUCGCCAGAAGAUGAUAAAGUUGUCAGGCCAAAAGUUAUGAAUGUUGUUCAACAAGCUUUUAAACCGCCAAGUGAGAAGAAACGAGCUAAUCGCUCAGUACCAAGAGGUCCCACACCAAAAGCUUUUGAAAAUCCCAGAGAUCCCUCGCCAGAAGAUGAUAAAGUUGUCAGGCCAAAAGUUAUAAAUGUUGUUCAACAAGCUUUUGAACCGCCAAGCGAGAAGAAACGAGCUAAACGCUCAGUGCUUAGAGAGCCUUUUGAUUCUGAAUAUCAACUCUUGUAUGAAGUGCUUGGGGAAGGUUGCGGUGGCAGAGUGUACAAAGGGAUCCGUAUAUCGGAUGACACUCCGGUUGCCAUCAAGCAAAUAAACAAACAAAAGUGUGAACGCACGAUUCAGAUUCCUGGAUACCCCAAACCACUUAUUCCAGAAGUGGCGCUGCUGCUUAAGUUAGGAGAAGCGCCCUCAUGCCCCAAUGUCAUACAGAUGUAUGACUGGUACGACACUAAACACUUUUACAUGCUCAUGUUGGAGUACCCACUGCACAGCGAGUCCUUGUGGGAUUUUGUUACAAGUCAUAGAGGACUAAGUGAAAAUACAGCAAGACAUCUCAUGCGUCAGGCGGUACUGGCAGUGCAACACUGUCUGGAUAAAGGAGUUUUCCACACCGACAUCCAUCCCGGAAACUUCUUGGUGCAGCAAUCAACAAUGACCCUGAAGUUAAUUGACUUUGGGGAUGGACAUUAUCUGACGCAUGAUGAUGUCUGUGAUUCCGAUGACUUAACGGGAGCUCUAUGUGGCACCCCGCCUGAGCUCUACAAGAAAUUCCGCGCUGUGCCAGCAAACGUCUGGGCCUUAGGUUCUGUGCUGUACUUCAUGGUGCAUGGAGAUUUAUCAAGGAAUUUAUCAAAGGAAAUCUGUGAUCUGUUAAGAUGGUGCCUGGCCAAGAAUCGAAGUGAUCGUCCGACGCUCAAGCAGAUCUUAGAUCAUGACUGGUUUAAAACUGAGUCUGACGAAGAAGAGCUACUCGUAUACAAAAUGAGGGCACUAUCCACACAAAAAUGAAAAGGAUGAAGCUGAAUGACUGAAGGAGAGGGAAAUGAUUGGAGAUGCUGUUUUCAUCAUCCUGAGACGUAUGGAGUUUGAAGGAGGUUGUAUUUCAGACUUCAUGAACACAGACCGCUGGCUGAACGUCUGAUGCAGAUCCUGUCUCAUCCUUGAACACAUUUAAAAAAAAAAUUUAAUUCUUAAUGUUUUUAUAUUUUAAAGUUGUAAAAUAAAGUAUCUAAUAUAUAGUAAGUUCUCUAUAGAAUCAGCGAUGUCUGGCUCUCUCUCUAGGGUUUUUUUUCUCCUAGGAGUUUAGGGAGUCAGGUUUAUUAAUGUAAAGCUGCUUUGAAUGUGAAAAGUGCUACAGUUUAUAAAUAAAAUUGAAUUGAUAUGGAA